AUGACGGGGAAGAUGCGUUAUGAUGAGCAGAGCAGAGCAGAGCAGAGUAGAGCAGAGCAGAGCAGAGCAGAGCAGAGCAGAGCAGAGCAGAGCAGAGCAGAGCAGAGCAGAGCAGAGCAGAGCAGAGCAGAGCAGAGCAGAGCAGAGCAGAGCAGAGCAGAGCAGAGCAGAGCAGAGCAGAGCAGAGCAGAGCAGAGCAGAGCAGAGCAGAGCAGAGUAGAGCAGAGCAGAGCAGAGCAGAGCAGAGCAGAGCAGAGCAGAGCAGAGCAGAGCAGAGCAGAGCAGAGCAGAGGAAAGCAAGAGCAAGGAAACACGUUCCAUUGGACAUAUACGAUAUCUAUCGCGCAUUCAACAGAAGAGUAUAAUGGCAAUGUCAUUUUCACCUAUCUACCUACCACCUUAAAGGUAGUACUUUUAACAUUCGGAAUUGACGCCGAUAACAUCUUUCCUUCGCCUCCCCCUCAUUGCUCAAUGCUUUUCCAUGAUGAUCAUAACCCCUCGCCAAAAGAGGGGUUGGGGUUUUGUUUACCUUGA